GAGGAGCAGGACGAUUCCCUGCACCGGUGCUGCCCGAGCCUCACAAUGAGGAACCGCGUCACGGGCUGGCUCGCCUGCCUCGCCCUCGGCACCGUGCUGCAGAUGUUGAGCUUCGGCGCCUUCACGCAGGCCCUGCUUGGGCACCCCGGCCGCUUCGCCACCAACUACACGAUCGGCAACGUCGUCUCGCUCGCCGGCACCUUCUUCCUGGCGGGCCCCGCGGCGCAGCUGCGGAACAUGGCGAAGAAGAACCGCUCCAAGGCGUCGAUCGUGUUCCUCGCGUCCAUGGCGUUUACCAUGAUCCUGGUCUCCUUGUUUUUUUCGGGGGGAGAGAUGCGAUCCGUGGAUGAGGCGACCGCGCUGCUGGGCUG